AUGCGCGCCUCUCUCGCCAUCGCGGCCCUCGCCGCUGUGCCCUCUGUGCUCGCCGCAGAGAAGGGCCGCCUGGGCUUCUCCCUGGGCACGAAGAAGACCGACGGUACCUGCAAGUACCAGGCAGACUACGAGGCCGACUUCGACGCCAUCAAGGCCAAUGCAGGCUCCACCAUCGUCCGUGGCUACUCCGCCUCCGACUGCAACAACGCACAGUACAUCCUCCCAGCUGCCAAGUCGAAGGGCUUCCAGGUCAUUCUGGGCAUCUGGCCCGACACCGACGAGAGCUUCAACGCCGACACCAAGGUGCUGAAGCAGUACGUACCACAAUACAAGGACCAGGUGUACGCCGUCACUUGCGGCUCUGAGACUCUCUACCGUGGCAACUUCACUGGUGAGCAGCUGUUGGAAAAGAUCAACCAGGUCAAGGCCAUGCUGCCUGGCACCAAGGUCGGCACUGCGGAUUCGUGGAACAAGUUCAACGACGGAACUGGAGAUGCUCUGAUCCAGGGUGGUGUCGACCUCAUUCUCAACAACGGUUUCGCCUACUGGCAGGGCGCUGCGGCUGGCGCCGAUGCCAAGAAGAUCUUCUUCUCCGACAUGUCGCAGGCCCUCGCCCACAUCCAGAAGCUGGCUGGCAGUACCGACAAGGUUGAGUUCUGGUGCGGAGAGACUGGAUGGCCAUCUGACGGUGGAAGCGACUACGCGGCGGCCAAGGCUGGUACUACCAAUGCUAAGAACUUCUUCCACCAGGGUGUCUGCGGUAUCUUGGCCUGGGGCAUCAACGCCUUCGUCUUCGAGGCCUUUGACGAGUGAGUAUGAAGACUCUACCAAGUACGAUCAGCAACUAACGAUAUUCUAGGCCAUGGAAGCCAGACUCAGUCGGUGACAACGGCUCGUCUCAGGACGAGAAGCACUGGGGUCUCAUGACCUCGGACCGCACGCCCAAGUACAGCCUUCAGUGCUAG